AUGACAUUCUUUAAAGGGCAAAUGUUUUUAAUUUUGAUGAAGUCCAGUUUCUCUACUUUUUCUUUUGUCACUUGAACUAAUUUUUGCAUAUACUAUAAAGCAGAGGUCCAAAUUCAUUCACUUGCAUGUGGAUAUCCAGUUAUUUCAGUACAGUUUGUUGACCCACAAGUUCUGAUAUGUAGCAUGUUCAUUUUUAUUCAAUUCUAUUUUCUUAUUUCUGUUAUGCUUUCUUUGAUACAUGAAUGUCUAUUUUUUUUCUAACCCAUUUGUGAUCUUUCUAGGCACAUUUUGUAGUUGAUUUCUCACUUAAAUGCACUGCACUCAUAGAUUGUGGUAUAUAGGAUACUAGUUCUUUGAGACUUGAUAACAUUAUGGUCUAGCUAUAAAAUAGUCAAUUUUCAUUCCUUGUGUGCCUGUAAAGAAUGACUAUUCACUAGUUGGAUAUAAUGUUAUAUCUCUUAGAUCAAGUUUGAUAAAUUAGAUGUUUGUAUUAUUUGUAUCCUUAGUGAUUUCCUUUUUAAUCUACCUGAUGCCAUUAUUGGUUAAAAUGUGUUAAAAUCUUCUACAUUGUGGUUGGUUUCUCUGUUGUUGUUUUUUCUUUUAGUCCUGUUGAUUUUUUUUUAAUGUAUAGUUUUCAGUUAUUAUGGGAAGUUUUAAGCUCUCACAGGAGAGGGAAUAGUGUAAUCAGUUCCUAUCACCCUCCCAUCUUAACCAUUAUGAAUAUAUAUGUAUGGCCAAUCUUAUUUAUAUAUUCUUUCUACUCCCUCUUUUAUGCCCCGUCAGUAUUUAAAUCAAAUUUUAGACAUAACUAUUACUUUUUUAUGGACUCAAUGUUUAGAUUUACUCAUACAUUUAUCACAGUACUUGCUCACCAUUCCCUUCUACAGCCUGUCUAGAAUCAUUUUUCUUCUGCCCUAUAUAUAUAUAUAUUACAUUAUCCUCUAGAAAUCUUACUGGUAAAUUUUCUGUUUUUGUUUGAAAAUGUUUCUAAUCUUGUGCAUUUUCUAGAUAAUUAGUGCAGAACUUGAGUUGACAGUUAUUCUCCCUGAGCAUCUUGAAGAUACUAUUCCAGUUUCUUUUAGCUGCCAUUGUUGCUGUUGAGGAAGAAAUAGGAAGUCCAGUUUCUGUAUCUUUGUAGAUAAUCUUAUUGGCUAUUUUUUCUUUGGUAUUCUGCAGUUUUACUAGGAUAUGACAAAUAAAAGUGUGUCAUAAGUAAUUGAAUGAUAGUAAUUUUGAGCUAUUAGCUUUAAAUUUCUUAAUAUUCUAUUUCUAAGUUGUGAUUAGUGGUGGUCUGUAAACAAUUAAGUACAUAAGGAGUACUUGCUCUUUCAAAAGACCCAAUGUUGAAUCUUUAUGGAGUACUUGAUUCUUAAUUUGUCAGCUUUAUAAUUUUCUUCUCAAGAUGUGUAUAUGUACCUUGAUGUAAACAGGCAUAGUAUGCUUUCUGUAUCUUUCUACAGCACUAUUGGAAAUAAUUAUGAAAAAUGGAAGCACAGCUGGAAGUAGCCCUCAUUGUCGAAAACCAUCAGGUAGUUCUGAUCAAAGCAAGCCUAACUGCACAAAGGACAGCACAUCUGGUAGUGGUGAUGGUGGAAAAGGCUACACCAAAGACCAAGUAGAUGGAGUUCUCAGCAUAAACAAAUGUAAAAAUUACUAUGAAGUACUUGGAGUUACCAAAGAUGCUGGUGAUGAAGAUUUGAAAAAAGCUUAUAGAAAGCUUGCUUUGAAGUUUCAUCCAGACAAAAACCAUGCACCUGGAGCAACAGAUGCUUUUAAAAAAAUUGGCAAUGCUUAUGCUAUUUUAAGCAAUCCAGAAAAACGAAAACAGUAUGACCUCACAGGCAAUGAAGAACAAGUGUGUAAUCCACAAAACAGUGGUAGAUUUAAUUUCCAUAGAGGUUGUGAAGCUGAUAUUACUCCAGAAGACUUGUUUAAUAUAUUCUUUGGUGGUGGAUUUCCUUCAGGUAGUGUACAUUCAUUUUCAAAUGGGCGAGCUGGUUAUAGCCAUCAACAUCAGCAUCGACACAGUGGACAUGAAAGAGAAGAAGAAAGAGGAGAUGGAGGUUUUUCUGUGUUUAUCCAGCUGAUGCCCAUUAUUGUAUUGAUCCUUGUGUCGUUACUAAGCCAACUGAUGGUCUCAAAUCCUCCUUAUUCCUUAUAUCCCAGAUCUGGAUCAGGGCAAACUAUUAAAAUGCGGACAGAAAACUUGGGCGUCAUUUAUUAUGUCAACAAGGACUUUAAAAAUGAAUAUAAAGGAAUGUUAUUACAAAAGGUAGAAAAGAGUGUGGAAGAAGAUUAUGUGACUAAUAUUCGAGAUAAUUGCUGGAAAGAAAGACAACAGAAAAUAGAUAUGCAAUAUGCAGCAAAAGUGUACCGUGAUGAACGACUUCGAAGGAAGGCAGAUGCCCUGAGCAUGGACAACUGUAAAGAACUGGAGCGGCUGACCAGUAUUUAUAAAGGAGGAUGAGCUGGAAAUUGUUCAUACCUUUUAGUGCGCUCUUUCUUUUUCCUGUGAGUUUAGUUUUAUCACGAGCGCUAAAGAAAGUGACUUGUUAAACACUAAACUGAAUAGUUGGUCCCUGAAAUCUUGGACUCUUUAUGACCUACUGACUUCUUUAAAUAGUAAGGAACUGAAAACUAAAAUUGAUAUUUCAGUUAUGCUUCUGUAAUUAUUUUCACUUUAAAAGCUUAUAUGAUUACUAACUAAAAAUGUCUCAAGAAAGGAUUAUCACACCUGUAGCAGUUUCCAGUUUUAGUGAUUCUCCAUUUUUUCCCUUGUUAUGUAAAUAUUUAUGGAAUGAUCAUUUUGUGUACAUACAGGUUAUUGCCUUUUUAUUUAAAUUCUUUUAGUGUUUAGCUCCACGAGACACUUCAGUUUAAAUUGAUGGAGUAAAUGUUCUACGACAAAAUUACAUCUUCCUUGUCAGAUGUUAAAUGUGUGGAGUUUAAACACUGAAACUUUU